ACUUUGGACCAUCUGAUAGGUCUGACGCUGGCUCGGGGCGGGACAAGCGACGCGGCCCUUCGUAGACUUGUGAAAGCGCCAUUUUGUUACCAGCGGUGAGGAGGAGACGGAUUUUUGUUGAGAAGCCGGGCUAAUAAGAUCUGCCACCAUGGGGAACAUGUUUGCAGGCCUCUUUAAGAAUCUCUUCGGGAAGAAAGAGAUGCGUAUUCUGAUGGUGGGGUUGGAUGCUGCUGGCAAAACCACCAUCCUGUACAAGCUUAAAUUGGGAGAGAUAGUCACCACCAUCCCCACUAUUGGUUUUAACGUAGAGACAGUAGAAUAUAAGAACAUUAGUUUCACAGUGUGGGAUGUGGGCGGUCAGGAUAAGAUCCGACCCCUGUGGAGGCACUACUUCCAGAACACACAAGGUUUGAUCUUCGUGGUGGACAGUAAUGACAGGGAAAGAGUAAACGAGGCGAGAGAGGAGUUGACGAGGAUGCUGGCUGAGGACGAGCUCAGAGACGCUGUGCUGCUCGUUUUCGCCAACAAACAGGACCUGCCCAACGCAAUGAACGCCGCAGAGAUCACAGACAAACUGGGCCUGCAUUCGCUGAGGCACCGCAACUGGUACAUCCAGGCCACCUGCGCCACCAGCGGAGACGGCCUGUACGAGGGCCUGGACUGGCUCUCCAACCAGCUCAAAAACGCUAAAUGAUCCAUUCCACCUAGUCCUCUGCAUUUUGCGCUGUGUGUGUGUGUGUGUGUGUGUGCGUGGGUAUGUGUGUGUGUGCGCGCGUGUGUGUAGUGAUAAUGACAGCGCUGGAUUUAGUCUCUCGGUUCCCCACUUUAAUCCAUCCUUUUCCUCUUUGAUUUGGUCCUGUUAGACUUUAGAGGCUCUCCCCAGUGCUGUCUAGUGCACACACACCAGGAUGGAAGUGCGAGCGUGUGUGUGAGAGAGGCGAGAGUGGGAGCAGCCCUGCUGUGCCUUUUGAACACACAUGCGUUUCAUACAGCUCGGUUCUCUCUCUCUCUCAAUCUGUCUCUCUAUCUUGAUCUCUCUCUCUCUCUCUCUCUCUCUCUCUCUCUCUGUUUAUUCCUCUCCAUUUGUCCUGUCUCUGGUGCCCCCUUGAUUUCCACAAGGCAAAGAAUGACCCAGGAUGCUAAAUGUUGUUUUUUUUGUUUUGUUACUUACAGAAUAAAUAAUUAUAUUGAAAUAAAAAGUACAGUCUUGAUUUUCAUCCAUCUGUCCGCGUGUCGAAGAUGUUACAAGGUUCACAUUGUCACCCUUUUACCCCCACAUAUGAUGAAACUCAUUGUAACCUGCAUCAGGUUGGGAGAAAAGAAAAGACAAUAAAGUGACGUUUUCCAUCCUA